UUUCCGAUGAUCGGUGGUGAGUCCCAAAGCGGGUCUGCUUAUCCCAGCGGCGUGAUGUGGAGGCUACAGGUUGUUCUGGGUCAUCUCACUGGUCGGCCCGAGUCCGGCCCGGCGCUGCAGGCCGCGCCGUGCUUCAGUAGCUUCCCUCAAGCCUCGGCCGCGGACGUGGUGGUGGUGCACGGACGGCGCACUGCGAUCGGCAAAGCGGGGCGCGGGGGCUUCAAGGACACCACCCCCGACGAGCUUCUGUCAGCCGUCUUGACCGCAGUUCUACAGGAUGUAAAGCUGAGGCCUGAGCAGCUGGGGGACAUCUCCGUGGGCAAUGUUCUUCAGCCUGGGGCUGGGGCUAUCAUGGCCCGGAUCGCCCAGUUUCUGAGUGGCAUUCCAGAGACUGUGCCUCUGUCUACUGUCAAUAGACAGUGCUCAUCAGGGCUGCAGGCAUUGGCCAACAUAGCUGGUGGCAUCAGAAAUGGGUCAUAUGACAUUGGCAUGGCCUGUGGGGUGGAGUCCAUGUCCCUGGCUAACAGAGGAAACCCUGGAAAUAUCACUUCACGCUUGCUGGAGAAUGAGAAGGCCAGAGACUGCUUGAUCCCCAUGGGGAUAACCUCAGAGAACGUGGCUGAGAAGUUUGGCAUUUCACGAGAGAAGCAGGAUACCUUUGCGCUCGCCUCCCAGCAGAAGGCAGCAAGAGCCCAGAGCAGGGGCUGUUUCCGUGCUGAGAUUGUGCCUGUGACCACCACCAUCCACGAUGACAAGGGCAUCAAGAAGAGCAUCACUGUGUCCCAGGAUGAGGGAAUCCGCCCCAACACCACCAUGGAGGGCCUGGCCAAACUGAAGCCUGCUUUCAAGGAUGGCGGCUCCACCACGGCUGGAAACUCUAGCCAGGUGAGUGAUGGGGCAGCUGCAGUCCUGCUGGCCCGGAGGUCCAAGGCAGAAGAGUUGGGCCUCCCCAUCCUCGGGGUCCUGAGGUCCUAUGCAGUGGUUGGAGUCCCACCUGAUGUCAUGGGCAUCGGACCUGCAUAUGCCAUCCCUGCAGCCUUGGAGAAAGCAGGACUGACAGUGAAUGACGUGGACAUCUUUGAGAUCAAUGAGGCCUUUGCAAGCCAGGCUGUCUACUGUGUGGAGAAGCUAGGAAUCCCCCCUGAGAAGGUGAACCCUCUGGGAGGAGCGGUGGCCCUGGGCCACCCCCUGGGCUGCACUGGGGCUCGACAGGUCAUCACGUUGCUCAACGAGCUGAAGCGCCGUGGGAAGAGGGCAUAUGGAGUGGUGUCCAUGUGCGUUGGCACUGGGAUGGGAGCUGCUGCUGUCUUCGAAUACCCUGGGAACUGAGUCCCUGGCUCAAGGCACUACCCAGAAGGCCCUGCUCUGGCAGCCAGAAAAUGACUCUGAGGAAGCGAAUCCACGUGGGACAUUCAGCACUGGUGGUGGUGAUGGGGACAAAUCAAGGCACUUUAACUAAUUUGGAAACUGUGAACACUGAUGACACACUACAUGAGUGGGUGAGGUGUUGGGCCUUACCACCAGGCCCCCUCUAGCUGGGCCAGUGUGGGUCACCCAGCCCACAAAGCCCCCAUGUAAUUCCGAGGGAAUUUUGGCCCUUUGAAUGAGGGUACAAUGGACAUAAUAAACAUGUGUUAUCUCA